GAUGGUUUCCGGUGGACGAUCGAAGAUGGCGCUGUAGCCGGGAGCGGAGGAAUGAGGGAGGCGGACGGAAGGGGCUCAGCUCGGUGACCGGACCGCAGGCAGCCCGCUCGGACAUUGGAUGAGAGUGGCCGAGGGCCGGGGGGAGUCGAGGCGAGAGGGAGGCCGCGUGGAGAGGAGGAUCGAGGGGGUGGGGGUGGGGGUGGGGGUUUCAGCCACAAAGGGGCCGCUGGUUCACCCCCUGGAGCAGAGGGCGGGGGCGUUCAGACCCACCGGGAGGCUUUUAGUUUUUUUGUUUAUUUUUUUAAUUAAAACGAACGUGUACGAAACGAGUCAUGGCUUCGGCGUCCGGCAACGACGACGACCUGACCAUCCCCCGAGCGGCCAUCAAUAAAAUGAUCAAAGAGACGCUGCCCAACGUGCGGGUGGCGAACGAAGCCCGGGAGCUGGUGGUGAGCUGCUGCACCGAGUUCAUUCACCUCAUCUCCUCGGAGGCCAACGAGAUCUGCAACAAGUCGGAGAAGAAAACCAUCUCCCCGGAGCACGUUAUCCAAGCCCUGGAAAGUCUUGGCUUUUGCUCGUACAUUAGUGAAGUAAAGGAAGUCUUGCAAGAGUGCAAAACAGUAGCACUAAAGAGGAGAAAAGCAAGCUCACGACUAGAAAACCUUGGCAUACCAGAAGAAGAACUAUUGAGACAGCAACAGGAGCUAUUUGCAAAAGCCAGACAGCAGCAGGCAGAAUUAGCCCAGCAGGAGUGGUUACAGAUGCAGCAAGCUGCCCAGCAAGCACAGUUAGCAGCAUCAGCCACAUCCAAUCCACUCAAUAAAGCAGGAUCAUCACAGGAUGAAGAUGAAGAGGAUGAUGUUUAAACUUAACCAGCAAAUUUACUUUUACACAGAUGUCCUUUUACCGCACAUUUACAAUGACCUGGCCUGUCUGCAACUUUCAGCUUCAACUUUGCAGACUGGCUGCUGGUGUCAGAGGGUCAUUGGUCAAGUCACAACUGUCAUGAGUUUUCAUGUGUAACAACCAAUCACUUGUAUUAUAUGUGGAAGUGCACAGGAUUGGAAGUUUCAGAAUAUUAUAUUUACACAACGGGCGACCAGAAUUGGGAGCACCAAAUCAAUGCAGUACUUUAAAGCUCCACAGCCUGUUUCUUGCAUCUUUCUGAAAAUCAGUAUUGUUAAUGCUCGUGAAUCUGAGAAUUAAUGCUUCAGUUUGUGUAACCAGUUGCUCCCCUACUGUUUAAUACUGAAAGCAAAUUUAUUGUGGCUUAUUUAAGUUUGCAAUUGAAAUGUUUUUUAAUGUGCGACUUGUAACUGGGGUGAAACUGACAAAAAAAACAGUUAACCUACCCUUGGUUCAUUUUUUUUUAAAUGAGUCUGACGGAGUUCACAAAAUUUUAAAGAAGUAACAUUAUUAACUUUGAUAAAACCAUCCGAUCUAUAGUAGGUUAUUUAGUCUUAAUUUUACGUGGUAUAUGUCCUUGCUUCAUGGUUAGUUUUAACUCCUAGGUGUAAUGUAAGCUCUAUUUCCAGAAGUAAGGGUUGAAAACAAAGCACAUUUUUGCAGCAGUUACAGUACCAAAGAGUGAAUUCAGCAUUGGGAAGAUUGACAAGUGAAGUGGGCUCUUCAGGAUGCACGUUAACUGCGGCUUAAAUGUUUUAACUGUUUUUGUACUGUAAUGUUUCAUGUUCUUUAACAAAUAUACAUAACUGUUAAUGAUUUUGGGAUUGGCGAUUUUCACCUUGCUACAUCUGUGGAAGGUUUCCAUUGUGGAGUGUAUGUUUUUUUUAAAUCUGCAUUGCAAAGUUGAUUGUGCUGGUUAAUACAUAACUCUUCCAUGGUGCUUAUUGUUCUUACAUUUUUCAUGUGCUGUUUCUCUUAGCAAUAAAAAGACAGGUUUUUAUUAAAAAAUGUAAAUAUUUUGUACUUUUGUCUGUUUCAAAACUCUAUUGCAGCCAUUGAGGAUUACAGAGAGCAUUCCAAUAAUUGUCCAGUUUGUUUUUGGAAAUUCUAAUUUAGAUUUGUGGAAAGCUAAAGCAGUGUCUAAUGCUGUGUGCAGAUUACCAGCUCAACUCUAACUCAGGCAUGCUGGAAAUGUAUACCAGGGUAAAUGAGGAAACCGACUUGGAUAGCAGCUAUGGUGUUAGUACAUUAAUUAGCAGAAGCCAGUCAACUGUGUCCAUGCCAGCCAAAAAAAAAUCAAAGUUAAUCCUGCAGCAGCUCAUUAUCCUUUGUCCUGUAGGCUAUGGCACUGAAGGUGGUCAUUUCAAUACUUUGUAAGAAAUAAUUUGAGAAUGAAGUCUGACAAGUCCUCAGGACCUGACUGACUGCAUCCCACGGGCUUAAAUGAAGUGACUAUAAGCAGUGGCUUAAUUAUGAUCAUCUAAAAUUUCCCAAGUCCUGAAAAGGUCCUAGAAGAUUAAGAAAAAAAUAUAUUAAGGAAGAGAAACAAAAACCAGAAAAGUAUAUACCAUUUAGUCUAACAUUUGUCAUCAUAAAAUGCUGGAAUCCAUUAC